CGUUUGGCUUGGGACGCCGAGAGUCAACCGCCGGGCGCAACCGCUGCGCGGAAAGCUUUGGUCAGUGACUGGGCCAGCAGCGAGGCCCGCGAGUCUCCCGAUGGUGUCCAUGACUUUCAAGCGGCCGGACCGGUUCUACAGCACCCUGCUGCCUGGCCAUGUUCGCACCGGGACGAUCGUCCUGGGCACCUGGUACAUGGUUGUAAACCUAUUGAUGGCAAUCUUGCUGAUCGUGGAGGUGACUCAUCCAAACUUAAUGCCAGCUGUCAACAACAUUCAGUAUGAAGUCAUUGGUAAUUACUACUCAUCCGAGAGGAUGGCUGAUAAUGUCUGCGUUCUUUUUGCUGUCUCUGUGCUGACGUUUAUAAUCAGUUCGGUGCUGGUAUAUGGAGCGAUUUUUUAUCAAGGGGGCUGGUUGAUUCCGUUCUUCUGUUACCGGCUUUUUGACUUCGUCCUCAGUUGUCUGGUUGCUGUCAGUUCUCUCACUUACUUGCCAAGAAUCAAAGAAUAUCUGGAUCAACUGCCUGAUUUUCCCUAUAAGGACGACCUCCUGUCCUUGGACUCCAGCUGCCUCCUGUUCAUUGUUCUGAUGUUCUUUGUGGUGUUCAUCAUUUUUAAGGCUUAUCUAAUCUACUGUGUUUGGAACUGCUAUAAAUAUAUCAACAACAGAAAUUUGCCGGAGAUUGCCGUGUACCCCGCCUUUGAAGCACCUCCACAGUAUGUUUUGCCAACCUAUGAAAUGGCCGUGAAGAUGCCUGAGAAAGAACCACCGCCUCCUUACUUACCUGCCUGAAGAAACCCUGCCUUUGUCAAUAAACCCUAUACCAGCUUUCGUCUUGUUUAUUUUACAGAGUGCUGCAGUACAGGGCUCUUCAGACUUGUUUGAUAUAAAAUGGUCGUUUGUUCAAGCAUUUAUUUUCAAACACUAAGGAGCUUUUUUGGACAUCUAUUAAAAGUCCUUUUUUAAAGUGUAUUCCAUUUUAAUACUUUCUGAAGACAAUCUAGGUCAUGCAGGAGCAAAGUGCCAUUAUAUGCCUUUAAUUGGGGGGCGGGGAGGGAACGGGGUGAUUGCCCACACGUUUUCCUUUUUAACUUUGCACUUUCUUUAUAUAAUGUGUGCGUUUUGGUUAUUUGGUGCCCUGGGUAUUUUCAGGAAGAAUGAACUACAUAUUCAGGAUGAAUGAGUUGGGUAUAAAAUCUGAAGUUAUCAGCUAUGCAAACAGGAAAAAUAGAUAACAUUUUGGUUGACUGUGGAUGAUGAUGGUUGCAUGUUUCUAAUUUGUAUGUUUCCAUCUUUGUGAUAAGAUGCUUUAAUAAAUCUCUUAAAU